CGAUCAGUGAAUAAAUGAAUUGUUUCUGGAAUUCAAUGUGAGCGCACAGAGAUUGAUUUGAUUGGUAGUUUCAGUUUUUCGGGUGACGAUGCUUCUGCAACGAGCUUGAAAGUUUCAGUCUUUUUCUCUUCUUCCUCGAUAUGGAGACGAAUCCUCACCACUUCCAACAGAACCCCGACAAUCCCCCACCUUCUCCGUUACCACCUCGUCCCUCCCCUGAAUCAAACAAUAAUGUAGCCCCGACGCAGCCGGCCCAGCAGCAGAACCUGAAAAGACCCUCAGAAUCAAACCGGGUUUCCGUCACUACUGGCAUUCCGCCCUUACCCAACUCCUCCAAUAAUUCAGGAAGAAAGCGAAGAACCAAGAAAUCUAAAUCCGCGCAACAAGAUAUUUUACUCCAGCCGCAAUACGCGCCGCAAAUUCCGCAAAAUCGGUUGCUGCUGCAGCAGCAGCAGGAUCAGUUGCGACAGAUGCAGCAAAAUCAGUUGCUGCUGCUGCAGCAGCAGGAACAGUUGCGACAAAUGCAGCAAAAUCAGUUGCUGUUACAGCGGCAGGAACAGUUGCGACAGAUGCAGCAAAAUCAGUUGCUGCUGCAGCAGCGGCGGUUGUCGCCACAGCCCAUGCAGCAAAGGCAGUGGCCCCAGCCACAGCCCCAACAGCAACGCAGCCCACAGAUGAUGCAGCAGUAUAUGAGGCAAAGUAACAUGCAGCGAAAUCAGGGACAUUCGUACUCAGAUUUUCUGAUGGAGGUCAUGCACUAUCAAUGGGCAAAGCCACAGAACAAUAGCAUUGGAUUUUGGAGGCAAUAUGUAGCAAAAUACUAUGACUCGAAAGCUAAGGAGAGGUUGUGCCUAUCAAAGUGCAACGAUAAUGGAAUAUGUUUCUGGGAUGAUACAAAGCGGUGUGGUCUUUGUGGUUGGAAACCAGAAAGAGUCUUUGAGGUGAGUUUUGAAGAGCUCCCGGAGAGACUUAGAGUCAAAUUUGAGAUAAUGGAGGGUGAACGACUGGAUAUGGGCGUGGCAGAGGAACAUAAAACAGUGCCUGGUUUAACAAUUUUGCUGUGUCCAAAAGCAACUCAACGAAGCAUAUAUGGACGAGAAAGUGUUGUUCAUGAGGGACUACUUCGAAUUGGAAUUACUGAUCAAUGGAAGAUAUUGUCUUGGGAGUUUUGUGUCAGCCAAAGAGAAGCUUUUGUGUCAUUCCCACCACUCUCCUUUCGGGUGAACAACUGGCUUGGGAUAGGAGAAAUGCUUCGGAGGCCUGAAGCUAGAAAUGUACGAGCUGAGAGCCCAGAAGAAGGUUUACAAAGAAACAACCACAUGGUACAGGACACGAAUAUCGGGUUCUUGACGUUCCAAACGGGUAAUAACUUGGACUUUUCGCAAAAUUGCCCAUGCCCCAAGGUAGAGAAGGCUUGUGAUAGCAUGGAAGGCUUUAUGGAUUUCAGCAUGCAGAGAAAACUCGAUCCAAUUGGCUUGCAGAAUUCCAGUCGACCAUGCCCUGGAGCUGGACUUCGGAGGCAAGAGAUGCUGAUGGCAAAGCACCAAGCUAAUGCUCAAGGGCAGCAGAUCAACCAUGUCACCAUGAAUAGUACGAGGGCAAUACAUCCCAGUCCAAGCAGCUAUAGUAGUAACCACUACAGGGUCAUUGGUGGGCAGAAGGCAAAUCGGAUUCCGGGGAAAGCUGUCUCCGUUGAUGUCGACAACAUUCAAACUGCAGCCUUGCCAUUUGAUUCUAGGGAAACACGUCUGACAAGGAAUCCUGCAGCCAACCUCCGGACACCUAGCCCUGAAGAACAGCUGAUCAGCCACAGUACCAUGAAUAACCCGCAGGCAACACAUAUCGGUCAAAGCAGCCACAUGAUCAUCGGUGGACAGAAUGCAAAUGGGAUUCCAGGGAAUGGGGUCUCCAGUGGUAUGGGGAUUACUCAAACCGCAGCCGCUUUAUCAGUUGAGUCUGGGGAAACAGGCCUGAUUCCUAACCCUACAAUGGAACUCCAUGUACAAGAGAUGCCAGUAAUGGAGCACCCCACUAGUGCUCAACGGCAGCUGACCGACAAGGACACCAUGAAUAGCCCGAUGGUAAUAAAUGACCACAUUUUCAUCAAUCAACAGAAUGGAAAUGAAAUUGAAAUGUUAGAGGGUUGUGUAUUCGAUGGUGUUGACAUAACCGAAGCCACAGCCUUGGCAGAUGAGGACAUAGAAACAUACCUGAUUGACUAUCCUGCAGCAGAAUUCCCCACACAAGAGAUGCAGGUGAUGAACCACCAAGGCAGUGUGCAAGGGCAGGUUACCAACCACGGUCCACGACACCAUGAACCAUAUAUGAAACAAUGUACCCUGAUCAAGCAACAAUAUGAAUAAUGACUACCACAUCAUCAUUGGUAUGUGGAAUGAAGAUCGGACUGUAGAGAAUAACACCACAGCGGAGUUCCCAGAAAAAUCUCGGUUGCUGGAAAUAGCUAGGGUUUCAAGUCAAUAAACCUACCAAGUUCCUCCAACCUACAGGCAUACAAGAGUUUUUAGGUUUUCUUCUUGGGUUUUUCUAGUUGAAAAGUUCACAGUCAUCGUCAAGACCUAGCAAAGCAGCCCAAACAGCUGCUAUUUAUAAUGUUGUAGUGUUGAGAAUUUUUGUCAAUAGUCUGGUGGCCUGAUGGCAUUCAGGAGCUUCCCUACUUGACCUCAAGUGCGAUGUCAUCCGAGGUCAAAUAUGUUGAGGUUCUCUGGACCAAAAACAAAAAUUCAAAUAUUCUUUUUAUAUGAAUAUGAUACAGCU